CAAAAAAAAAGUAAAAUCCUAAUCGGACGGUCCAUGUUCAAAGUCCUCAUUUGAGCAUCUUCUCCCAACUGCUUGUAUCCACAACUCUCCAAGCUUCAAUUCCAUCAAAGAUUAUAACUUUAUACUCAAAUUGGGUCAGCACAAUAAUAGCUUCAUUUCAAAAUUCAAUGGGUUUCUCUCAUUUGCGAUCCGACCAUGGUCUGUAUUUUGUGAAUCCAACAACAGCAAACUAUAAAUCAGAUUUCUCCUCGCUAAGUUUUGCUAGAAAGUUUACCUUCAGCUUCAAAAGUGGUAGAGGAAUACUACGGGCUACAUUAUUAUCAGGAGAAGAUAAUGUCUGGUCUCGUUUUAACAACCAAGGUGCAGGAAAAGGUUCUUUCGUUAAUAAUGGAGUCGAACAAACUGCAAUUCAGCAACAACCUAAUGAAAUAGCUGUUGGAACACCUGAUGCCGUAAUAACUCCAAACAGAAGUGGGUUUCUCUCUGGUGUUAAUGAGUUUGACUUGGAUCAUGCCGUUGAAGGAUUCUCUUCUAUUCCAGAGGCUAUUGAGGACAUUCGUCAGGGCAAGAUGGUAAUUGUUGUAGAUGAUGAAGACAGAGAAAACGAGGGUGAUCUAAUAAUGGCAGCACAAUUGGUGACACCUGAAGCAAUGGCCUUCAUUGUAAAACAUGGAACUGGAAUUGUGUGUGUAAGUAUGAAAGGUGAAGACCUAGACAGGCUUCAACUUCCUCUAAUGGUGCCGCCAAAGGAAAAUGAGGAGAAACUCAGUACUGCUUUCACUGUUUCUGUGGAUGCAAAAUAUGGUACCACAACAGGUGUAUCCGCACGUGAUAGGGCAAAAACAGUUUUGGCUUUAGCAUCUGCUGAUUCAAAACCUGAGGAUUUCAACCGACCUGGACACAUUUUCCCACUCAAGUAUAGAGAAGGAGGGGUGCUAAAAAGAGCUGGCCAUACUGAAGCUUCUGUUGAUCUUGCUGUAUUGGCUGGGCUGGACCCUGUUGCUGUUCUUUGUGAAAUUGUUGAUGAUGAUGGUUCCAUGGCCAGGUUGCCGAGGCUUCGUCAUUUUGCUGAAGCUGAGAACUUAAAGAUUGUAUCCAUUGCCGAUUUGAUCAGGUAUAGAAGGAAAAGAGAGAAACUGGUGGAGCUCGCUGCUGCUGCACCCAUACCAACAACGUGGGGACCUUUUAAAGCCUACUGUUUUAAGUCUAUCUUGGAUGGAAUUGAGCAUAUUGCCAUGGUCAAAGGUGAUGUUGGAGAUGGGAAAGAUGUCCUUGUCAGAGUGCACUCAGAGUGUCUCACUGGCGACAUAUUUGGGUCAGCCCGAUGCGACUGUGGUAAGCAGUUGGCGCUUGCAAUGAACCAAAUUGAACAAGCUGGAAGGGGUGUGUUAGUAUAUCUCCGCGGGCAUGAAGGAAGGGGAAUAGGUUUGGGACAUAAACUUCGUGCUUACAUACUGCAAGAUGAGGGGCACGACACGGUUGAAGCUAAUGAAGAGUUGGGAUUACCUGUUGAUUCACGGGAGUAUGGCAUUGGUGCACAGAUACUACGAGAUUUGGGUGUUCGAACCAUGCAACUGAUGACAAACAACCCCGCGAAGUAUGUUGGGCUAAAAGGAUAUGGUCUGGCAAUUUCAGGUAGAGUUCCCCUGUUGGCUCCUAUAACUACAGAAAAUAAGAGGUACUUAGAGACCAAACGCGUGAAAUUGGGGCACGUAUAUGACUCCAACAACGAUGCCAAUGGCUACAUUAAUGGUUCUGAAGUUGGUAAAACAAGCCACGAUGAAUUACAUGACAACGCUGACUGAAAAUCAUCUAAACAUCUGCAGCCAAAAAACUGAUUCGAGGUUCAAUUCUAUGACUUGCAUUUACUGGAAAGACUGUUCCAAACAUUUUUUUAGUCCUGUUGGUUAAAUGUACUUUUUUCUUCUUCUUUUUCUCUUGUAGAAGAGUUCAAAGGGGAAGUGAUUACAAAAGUUUUGAAGAAACAUUUCUGUUGUAGGUAAAGUUUAUAUCAACUAGUUGGGAUCGAGACGUAGUUAAUUGAAUAAAACUCUUUUCACUUAAUUAAAAGAGCUAUCAAAUUGAAUA